AUGCCGGGCAAGACGGGCUCGGCGGGCGGCGAGCUGGCGGCGGCCGGCGCGCAGCGGCAGAGGAAGAGGAGGAGGAAGGUGUCCUGCUUCUCCAGCAUCCAGCUCUUCCUGGUGUCCGAGUGCGCCCUCAUGCUGGCCCAGGGCACCGUGGGCGCCUACCUGGUGAGUGUUUUAACCACACUGGAGCGGCGAUUCAACCUUCAGAGUGCGGAUGUGGGAGUCAUUGCCAGCAGCUUUGAGAUUGGGAACCUGGCCCUCAUCCUCUUUGUGAGCUACUUUGGAGCCCGAGGACACAGGCCACGCUUGAUAGGAUGCGGAGGGAUAGUCAUGGCCUUGGGUGCCCUCCUUUCUGCGCUGCCUGAAUUUCUGACCCACCAGUACGAGUACGAGUCGGGGGAGAUUCGCUGGGGGGCUGAGGGGAGAGAUGUGUGUGCUGCCAACGGGUCCAGCAGCGACGAGGGACCAGACCCGGACCUUAUCUGCAGGAACAGGACUGCUACGAACAUGAUGUACUUACUGCUCAUUGGAGCACAGGUCCUCCUUGGCAUUGGUGCUACCCCUGUCCAGCCCCUAGGAGUUUCCUACAUCGAUGACCACGUGAGGCGGAAAGAUUCCUCCCUGUAUAUAGGGAUCCUGUUUACGAUGCUGGUAUUUGGACCAGCCUGUGGAUUUAUCUUGGGCUCCUUCUGUACCAAAAUCUACGUGGAUGCUGUCUUCAUUGACACAAGCAAGCUGGACAUCACCCCRGACGACCCUCGCUGGAUCGGCGCGUGGUGGGGAGGCUUCCUGCUCUGUGGUGCCUUACUCUUCUUCUCGUCCCUGCCGAUGUUCGGGUUCCCGCAGUCACUGCCUCCGCGGGCCGAGCUGCCCGUGGAGAGCGAGCAGGCCAUGCUGCCCGAGCGCGACUACGAGAGGCCCAAGCCGAGCAAYGGGGUCCUGCGGCACGCGCUGGACGCCGAGAGCACCACCUCCUGCUUCCAGCAGCUGCGAGUGAUCCCCAAAGUAACUAAGCACUUGCUCUCCAACCCAGUCUUCACCUGCAUCAUCCUGGCAGCAUGCAUGGAGAUUGCCGUGGUGGCCGGAUUYGCCGCCUUCCUGGGCAAAUACCUGGAGCAGCAGUUCAACCUCACCACCUCGUCCGCCAACCAGCUCCUGGGGAUGACAGCAAUUCCAUGUGCAUGUCUGGGCAUCUUUCUGGGUGGCCUCUUGGUGAAGAAGCUCAGCCUCUCUGCUCUGGGAGCCAUCAGGAUGGCCAUGCUGGUGAACCUGGUGUCCACGGCUUGCUACGUGUCGUUCCUGUUUCUGGGCUGUGAUACCGGGCCCGUGGCAGGGGUUACUGUUCCCUAUGGAAACAACUCCACUCCGACCUCCCCUCUCGACCCGUAUGCCCCCUGCAAUAACAACUGUGAAUGCCAAACCGAUUCCUUCACUCCCGUGUGCGGCGCCGACGGGGUCACCUACUUAUCUGCCUGCUUUGCUGGCUGCAGCAGCACGAAUCUCAGCGGCUGUUCGUGCCUCAGCUCGCUCCCAGCUGAAAACGCAACGGUCGUUCCUGGAAAAUGCCCCAGUCCCGGCUGCGAAGAAGCCUUCCUGACAUUCCUCUGUGUGAUGUGUGUUUGCAGCAUGAUCGGGGCCAUGGCGCAGACGCCGUCGGUUAUCAUACUCAUCAGAACCGUGAGCCCUGAACUCAAGUCUUAUGCUCUGGGGGUACUUUUCCUACUCCUGCGUUUACUAGGUUUUAUCCCACCUCCGCUGAUCUUUGGGGCUGGAAUUGAUUCCACGUGUCUGUUCUGGAGCACGUUUUGUGGCGAGCAAGGAGCCUGUGCGCUGUAUGACAAUGUGGUCUAUAGAUACCUGUAUGUUAGUAUCGCUAUAGCCCUGAAGUCUUUUGCAUUCAUCUUGUAUACCACCACCUGGCAAUGCUUGAGGAAAAACUAUAAAAGAUACAUCAAGAACCACGAAGGUGGUCUCAGCACUAGUGAGUUUUUUGCCUCUACUCUCACCCUAGACAAUCUGGGGCGGGACUCGGUGCCCCAAAAUCAGUCGCACAGGACAAAAUUUAUCUAUAACCUUGAAGAUCAUGAGUGGUGUGAAAAUAUGGAGUCUGUUUUAUAGUGACUAUGGAUGGAUGAACUAUGUUAAUAAUGUAAGGGUCCUUUUUUU